AUGGACCCGACUCAACAGUUAAGUUUGGCGCAGCUGAAUGCCGCUGCCCUGAGCCGGUUCGUCUACACACCCGUCAACCGCCAGAUGAUCAAGUACCUGGCCGAUGCGGCCUUCAACGUCAUCCAGUGCGACCCCAACAUGAUGCCGCCGUCGGCUUCUGAGGUGCACCGGCGUAACCAGCCCACCCCCCCUGACUCCCCGUCUCACUCCCCGUCUCCUCGUGCAGUGCGGCGGGAAGACGGAAACCUGCCGAGCCUCGACGUUUUCAUCAGCCAGCUGGUCGUGUCUUCUAAUGUCCAGGUGCCCACGCUUAUGAGCACUCUGGUGUACCUGCACCGGCUCAAGGCCCGCCUGCAGCCCAUGGCCAAAGGACUGCGCUGCACCACACACCGCAUCUUCCUUGCCGCACUCAUCCUGGCUGCCAAGUACCUGAACGACAGCUCGCCGAAGAACAAGCACUGGGCCAACUACAGCGUAAUCACCUCGGACUUUUGCAACUUCGGCUUCAGCCGCACCGAGGUCAAUUUGAUGGAGAAGCAGCUCCUAUUCCUGUUGGACUGGGAUCUGCGCAUCACCGAGGACGAUCUGUACCGGGAGCUGGACGUGUUUCUCGCCCCGUUGCGCGACGAAGCUGCAGCACGCCAUACCCGCCGCGUCCAGCGCGAGCUUCGCCUACAGCUACAAAAGCAAGAAGAGGACGAGCGCAAACGCCUGCUUUACGAACAGCAACAGCAGGAAAACAUCCUCCGCUCGCACCAGAAGCAGCUGGAGGAAGAAGCCUCGGCUUGGCCUAUUGCAGCAGUUUCCGCAUCGGUUCCUGGCGGUUACUUGACGCCUCCUCGCUCUUCUAGCUCCCGCGGAAGCUUGAGGUCUGACGAACUGUCGUCAAUGUCGAUGCCUCGCUUGGCAUACAGCGCCAGCACCAGCUCGACCAGCAGCUAUGCCCCGUCACUCAGCUCCUCGCGCUCGCACUCACGUGCCUCCACGCCGCUCUCUGAGCUGGACGACCGGCAAUCAUACACCUUCAGCCUCGACGACGAGCCCCGCACCCCGUUUCGUGUUGUCAGCACGCCCAACUCGCUCGCAGGAUCGAAGCGCACCCCGAGCCCUCUCUCCAAGGGGAGCAAGACUCUUCUACCCUACGAGAUCAGUGUCGACGACCUUCGCGAGAUCCAAGACGGCAGCAAUCGUGUCAAGCGAGUCCGUGGCAUGCUUGGCCGAGUCUUCGGAUCCAAUGCUCUUGUUCGAUAA